CGACUCUGCAUCAGUGGUCUGCUCAUAGCCUGGUUCAUACGGCCAUCCCUAAGUCACCCCAGAAGAGACAAGUAGACCGCAAGCGGAAUCCGGGCCUGCUUACCCGAUCUCGUUCUACUCUUCCUUCAUGCCCCGCAUCGGGAGCGCGAUGGUCAAGUCCAACUUACUGGAUCCCCUUCCAAGCUCACGGCGCUUUUUGUGCUCUUUAUCCACGAUCGACGUCUCAAGGCCUGUCGUGCCACGUCGCACCUUUUCCGUCGCGGCGACUACUUGCAAUGACCUCUUCGAAUACACAAAUGGACGCUAGGUUUAUAAUGAAGGGCUUCGACUCGCGGAGCGGAGGGUCGUUUUUGACGUGAAGUCACUCGCGCGAUGUCAGUGGGCCGAACCCCUGCGGACGUUAUCAGCUUGACAAAGCUCGCCGAGGGUAGAUUCAACCGUUCCUCCUCGUCACCAUGCGCGACAGCUUCCACAUGGUCGCUCGCACUCCUUACCCGCUUACCGUCCCCCAAGUACUACGCCGUUACCAGACGCUCUAUAGCGCAAGUGCACGAAACUCAAAACUGACAUUUCCAUAACAUGACUUGACAUUGUGCGACGUUCGACAUAUUCUAUCAUUCCUACCCUUCGCUCAGACUCAGC